AUGCGCUUCUCACUGCUCUCCGCCCUCACGACGGGCCUCAUGGCCGCCGGCCUGAGCGACGCGCAGGCCAAAGGCACCAUCUCCAAGGGCCCGUUCCCGCAGGACCUCAACGGCCUCAACUGGAAGUACCCCUUCCCCGUCGAGGUCUUCUCGUUUGUCAGCCAGGCCGAGAAGCUCGAGAUGGCCUUCAUGGACGUCAAGCCCAAGUGCAGGCCCAACGGCAAGACGGCCGUCCUCUUCCACGGCAAGAACUUUUGCGGCGCGACCUGGGAGGGCACGAUCCGCGCGCUCGCCGGCAAGGGAUACCGCGUCAUCGCGCCCGACCAGAUCGGCUUCUGCAAGAGCAGCAAGCCCGCCGGCUACCAGUUCAGCCCCAAGCAGCUCGUCUUCAACACGCGCGGCCUGCUCGACGCCGCCGGCGUCGGCAACGUUACCGUCAUCGGCCACUCGUUCGGCGGCAUGCUGACGACGACCUUUGGCCUGCAAUACCCGGCCACCGUCGACGAGCUCGUCAUCGUCAACGGCAUCGGCCUCGAGGACUACGUCCAGAAGGGCGUCCCCUACAUCCCCAUCGACCAGUCGCUCACCUCCGAGGCCGCCUCGACCUACGAGUCCAUCCGCGGCUACGAGCAGCGCGUCUACUACCUCGGCGAGUGGAAGGAGGCCUACGACGUCUGGGUCCGCAUGCUCGUCAACGUCUACAACGGCUCCCUGGGCGACGCCUUUGUGCGCUGCCAGGCCAAGAUUGUCGACCUCGUCCUGACCCAGCCCGUGGCCCACUACUUAAAGGACAUCAAGGCCCGCACCCUGCUUCUCAUCGGCGAGAAGGACACCACCGCCAUCGGUGGCCAGUGGUCGCCACCCGAUGUCGCCGCCAAGCUCGGCCGCUUCGACCUCCUCGGCCCCCAGAUCGCCGCCGAGCUCCCCAACGGCCACCUCAUCACGUUCCCCGACGAGGGCCACUCGCCCCAGAUUUCGGCGCCCGAGGAGUUCCACAAGGCUCUGCUGGGUUGGCUGUCAGGCUAA